AUGAAAAAGACGCAUCAACUACAAAAUGAUCUUAUUUCCGAUAUAGAUCAACCAACUGGUAAUGAACAUUUCACGUAUAAAGAACGUCAAUUUGCUGGUCCAUCAUAUCAAAAAUUGUCAAAUUUUCUUGAACAACAAAAUACAGAUGUUGUUGAAGAUACAAAUGAUUAUUAUCAGAUAAUUCACAAUUCGUUUUUAUUGGAAUUAAUGAAACAAAGUAUUUGUAUCUCAUGUAAAUCAAUAUGGAAUGGUGAUAUGUCUGUUGCACAACGGGAAGGAUUAUAUUGUUCUCUGGUGUUUACAUGUCACUGCUCGAACGAAAUUAAAAUCAAUACAUCUAAACAAUGUCCAAAAACUUCUCAACGAGAUAUUAAUAUUCGAAGUGCAAUUGGUGCAAAUUUUGCCGGGAUAGGUCAUCAAGAUCUUGUAAAACUUUGUGGUGUUUUGAAUGUACCACCUCCUAUUGAUGAUGAUCAUUUUUCUCGCACUAUUACACGUAUACUUCCGGUAUUUGAAUCACACAAGCUCAAUUCAAUGAAAAAUGCUAUAGAAAAAGCAUGUGAUGAAUCAAAUAAACGUAAACUUACUGUGCUGGAUUUGGAGAGAUUAUCUAAAAGUUGUUCCAUUUGUACAGGUGCACUUAGUAUCAAACAUUCAAAUCCAACAAAAUAUGAAGAAAUUAAAAAUAAACAUAAAUGUAAAAUAACUCAUUCAGGCUCAUCAGCAAGUCGAUGGGAACAACUCGUUUCUAGUCUUAACUUGAAGACAUUUUUAGCAUUAGACAAUACCAUCAGAUGCCCUGAUUGUGCUGAUGGUGGAGCAGAAUGGAUUCAAGUUGAUUGGUUAGAUGGAACCAAACAUGUGACAUUUGAUUAUGGGCGCACAAUCGAUGGUAUUGAAGACUUGAUCAAAAAAUUACGGCAAAUAAGAGAAGAAUAUGCCUCUCAACUUUAA